AACUGUGAAUGAGACUAUCCCCAACAAUUAUCUUGGUUAAUGAAGCCUUCAGAGCAUUUUCUGGAAGACUUCCAAUUUCUGUGUCUUGAACAUUGAAUUUAGAUUGCUAUUCAUGUUGUAACAGUGAUAUUAAAUGCUCAGUAGAUCUUUGUCAAUUUAUAAAGAUAAAAUAUUUACAAAGUCAUUCUCAUGCUUAAAACUCCUUCACAUUACUUCCACUUAGCUCACUUUUAGAAGCUGAUAUCUCCCAUAGGAAUGGAGGGAGAGUUGUCUUAAAGAAGGUCCCAAAGUUGAGAUCUUUGUUAUUGAUAUUCUAGCCAAGUCCAGAUUUUAGGACAAUUUAAUUUGGUCUUAUUUGGAUCUGUAAUUAUGAGAGUUCAUUUAUCACUUGUAUCUUCAAAGCACUUUAACUUGUAUCAUUGUCUAAAGCAAGUGGGGUAGAAAUUACUCCUUUUUAUAAAAGAAAAUAAGGCUCAACAAGGUUAAGUAACUUGCCCAAGAUUUUACAGUUUCUCCUAUCUGGGACUCAAGCUUUCUUCUAUCUAAUGAACAUCAUACUACCUCUUUGUAUCAUACUUUCUUAAUCUGGUCUCAGACUGACCUAGCAUUCAAUACCAAGAAAGGUGGUUCUUAUCUACAGUGUUGUACUUUUAAACCACAUCGAAGACUAUAAAUGCCUGUCACUGCUACCAUUAGAGGAAUGCUGUGUACUAUCUCUGAUCUUCAGUUUGCUAUUGCAGAGUUUGCAACUAAUGUGGCUCUGUGUUUUGCCUCAUCAAAUAAAUCAGCCAUGGAUAGAAGAAUAGCUCUUCCCAUCUUGGUGAUUAGGACAGGCAUCAUGAGAAGACUGCCUGAUAGUGGACAGUAAACAGUUCAGCUUCAUUUGAUUUGAUAAACAGGGGCCAAGUAAUUGGCAGUUGUAGGUCUAGUUAUUUCAAAUGAAUUUCCAAUGUGAAGAAUUUUGGGUAGUCUAUUGGAACUUGUUACAGAAGUUGUUUUGUAACUGAAAAUGCCCAGAAUAGCUCAUUUUCAUUUGUUUCUCAGCAUUUCUUCUUGGAACUGGAUGAUCUGUGGGACUUUCAGAAGAUAAGUAGUGAGCAUUAGGGGGAAAUUUUGGCUCCUUCAGAAACAGGAAAAAGUGUGAACCCAUCAUAUAUUUUCAGAUUUCUUUGGGGAUAAAGUUGGUGUAUUUCUGGUUCAUUUUAAGGAAUUUGUUUCUCCUCCUAAUUACCCAAGAUGAAAUAGCUGACUCGGAAAUGCUCAACUGGAAGUAAUCAAAUAGUGCCUACUGCAGGAGUGGAGGCAACUGUGGUUGAUGUUUCUGUAAGCAAUAGCAUUUAGGCUGGGGAAAAUAAUAUGAGAUUCUUUUGAAAAGCAGUUUUCAGACUACGAUUAAACUAUAGAUAUGCUUGUUUAGGGCCAUUUUCAGAGCAGGAGCCAAUUAGUAUAUAAAUCAGUCACACAUUGAUAGCUAGCAGCUCUAACAAUGCCAAAAGCACAACUUUACUACCACAGUAAUCCAGGGGUUUCAAGUAAUACCAAGAGUCUCAAACUCAGAUGUCUACAAGAACUAGGUAAAUGUUUUAAUAGACUACCCUGGGCUAAGUGGGCUCUCAGAGGAGCCUGUGAAAUACAUUUAACGUGAAUUCCCUCGAUUUUGAAAUGUUGGUCAUUAAUUUAAAAUAUUCUUAAAUGUGGCUCAAAGAACUGCACAUGGGCCUUGUCAUUUUCCAACUUGUGUUCCAAUUUAAUGUCCAUUUUACACAUUAAAAUCACUGAGAAACUUCAAAAGUACAAACCAAAAAACACUAUGCUUGAGUUCCACCCCAUAGGAAUUAUGAUUUAAUUGCUUUGGGUUGUGUCCUGAACAUCAAUAAUUUUUAAAGUCCUAUCCCCAUCCCCAACCCUGAUGAUUGUGCAGUGCAGUCUGAGACCUGUAGGCAAGGUUGAGACCAUUGAUGUAGAUACUUAACAUAGUUUCAAAGAGGAAUGUAGUUGAGCACUCUAGUCAUAAGGGACAAUAGGACGUGGGGCGAAUUUACAAGCUCAGGAAGGGGCCACACUGUAGGCCCUAGCUGAAUGGGUUUUGUGGAAUGGUGCCUCCUCGGGUAUAGUGUGAAGCGCCCAAUUUGUUUUUUUGUUGAUUUUUUGAUAAGUGGUCCACCUUGGAGAAAAUAAAAUUAACAAAACUAAAAGAACUGUAGAACUGACAAGCUCAGUAGAAUAUCAUGUCAGCUGGCAAUAUAUUUUCUUAUCAAGGGAGAGAACCCUAUCUGGAAGUAAAUUAGUAUAGAGUCUGAGCAAGUUGUUGAGUGGUUAAGCUAUCUGUUUCAAGUCAAUGCACAAUUCCAUUUAAUCACUUAAAUUCAGAGCACUUGAAAGUCACAAGUUUCUUGCUGUCACUUUCAUUCUUUUGAUGUAUGUUAACAGACAGUGGAUUUUCCUAUUUUUAUUCCCAGUGUAGUUGGCGUAGUAGAAAGAAUAUCAGUAUUUCUCAGCCAUAAUUUUCCCUUUGUAAAAUGGGGAUACUAAUAGGAGCUAUAAUUUGUUGAGUGCUUCUUGCCAGAUGCCUUACUUAUGUUAUUUGUAUCUUCUUAGCAGCCCUAAAACAAAGUUGGCAUUGCUAUCCUAUUUUAUAAAUGAGAAGAAAGUUGUAUAGACUAUUAACUCGAACUUAACAGUUUAUGGCAGCGUUGUGCUUGUCUAAUUUCAUGUGUUCAUUCUGUCAUGUUAUAUUGUCUUUUAUAGGAAUAUUGUGAGGGUCAAAGAAAAUGGGAAAACAAAUCCUAGUUACAAAUAAUGAGCUUACUAGUACUAACUAGUACUAACUGAGGCAAAAAAUAAGGAUACAGAGCUGUCUCAUAGACUCCCAAAGGCAGAAUGAGAUCAGAUCCAGGAGCUAGAAAGCCAUUUUGGACUCCUAAACUGGCAUUGUCUGCAGUCUGUACAUCCACAUCGUUCUAAAGGCUUCUGCUCUUCCUGUCAGCCACCCCCAUAGCUCUAGGUGUUACAUGUUAACUGUCCCAGACACAUGUAGACAACUAGACAGAGCCAUGGAACAAGAUCAUUGGUGCAAAUGUUGCUUUGGGGGGUUACCCCUGUGGAUUGGUAGGCAGAUUUUGGAGAUCAUGGCUCACUGGCUGUACAUCACAGGUGUCCUUGACAAUACCAAAAUGCCCUGAAAGUUUUCUUUUUUAAAUAAAUGUAAAGAGUUUGUAUAUAAUAGAUAAUUAUGGCUAACUUAUUUAGUGUUUACUAAAUGCUCCAUGGCCAUCUUUUUAAAAUUGCAAAUCAUAUGAGUUAGUUGCCAUCUCCAUUUUAUAAAUAAAAGCGCAGAGAAGGUGGGUUAUUUCUUUGAGGUCAUCCUUUUGUAAGUGGCAGAAUGAAGAUUCAAGCCUAAGUUCCUUCUGUCAGCACCCACGGUGUUGGGCACUGUUCUAGGCACUGGAGGUACAGCAGUGAACAAAGGGGUCUGUUUGUCUGAGGCAUUUAAUCCUGAUUCUACAUAGAGACUCAGUGGGUUGCCCAGGGUCACCCAGCCAGUUACUGGCAGAUCUGCAGGCACAUUUGGACCACUACACUAAAUUCUUUUCACUACUAUAGCUGCUUCUCAAAGAACCUUGCCAAAAGUAUCUGCUAAAAUUACAUAGACUAGUUAGGGGACUUCCAGCCUCAGGAGACUCAAUGACUAAUUCUUAUUUUUGGCUCCUCUCUGUUCAAAACAUGUCUGUUGUUAACCUCAGAUACUCUACUAAGAAAGACACAAAGUAUGCCUUUUUCUUCUCCCUCACAUUUCAGAGCCACCCUGGCAUUUUAAUGAGAGUUUAAAAAAGCAAGUCUCAUAUUUCCAAACCCUUUCCAGAAGGCAAUCUUGCCGAUACUGAGCUGAUGAUGUGGCUUCCUGUGCACAAAAUAACAUUUCCUGAUUUGGUGUUUUAUUUAGCACCCGUAUAUCCCUCCUCACUACUCCACCUGUAUAAAAGUUUGGUUUUUAAUUUUCACGCUGCCUGCUUUUUGCCACGGAGUAUUCAAGUUUCUUUCAGAGUGAGAAUUUGGAAGGUGAUUAUAGAAAUGAAUUCUCUAUUGUAGAUAGGUAAUUCUCCAGAAAGCUGUCUAGGAUGAAAACUUGCUUCUCUAGAUUUUAGAAUUCCUUCUGAUGGUAUGGUUAAAAUUGGUUUCUGUGUGGGUAACAACAAAGCAGUGCCCUAGAAACCACUUCAGUGUAUGUUAAAUGACGAUUUCUUAGAAUUGUGAAUCAGGGCUUUGCAGUGAGGAUCUGGUUCUCUGGAAUCAGUUGGCCAAGUUGGGAUUCCUAAGGAGUGAGCAAACACACUGUCCUGAGUUUUCUGAGGGACCCUAUCCAAAAACAUCACUACUUAUUGAAUUUCCCACCUUCCUCUCACAGGGAGACCCCCUGUGCGUACUCCCACCUCUUCAGGUCACAUCAUUUUCUCAAAGGGAGUGCCGUGUAAAAUGAUAACCAGAAUUCAUGGAGCAUCUCUUAUGGGUCUACUUAGGCAGUAGAGAUUCUAAUAGAAUGCUCUAGAAUUGUAAGUUCUUGCACCUACUUUCAAGUCAUUUAUAACGUAAUUGCUGAUCUUCCUGUUAUGAACAAAGUUGUUGGUUUGUUAAUUCCUACCGUAUGACCCUUACUUGUGGUUCAUUUCUACAUAACUAGGGCAAAUACUAUAGUGUUUUCUAACAAAGGAGGAAGCAUGAUCUGAGUGUCCACCUGCUUUGGAUAGGAAAUAAAUUUGUAUCCAAAAUCCUGUGACUGGUUUAGAGCAUUGUAAACGUCAUGGCAGCAAAUACCAGAGAACGGUUUUUAUGAAGAAUAAUAGUGUUCUACAUGCCUUUGAUGAAUUAAUUUUUACUCCAUUGUUUUGACUACCUUGCAAUAGGGUAAGUUAAGUAUUAAUACCAUCGAUUCAUGUUAAAAUCACAUUAGUAUAAGUCAGUGCCUUACAAUGGUCAAAUGGUAGCCUACUAACCAAUGGAAAUGAACUGUUGGUUCCACAGAAUUGCUUCACAGAUUCUAAAUGCUACUUCUUAGGGGCACUGGAUUGUGUGCCCUUUAAGAUAAAUUCUAUAAUCAAAGGCCUAGCCCUGAACAGAUUAGAGCCCAAAGAUCAUACUGAGGAGAACAAAUCAGAUAGUUCAGUAAAGGGUCGGGGACAGAUGCUCCUGGAGUAGGUAUCCUCAACUCACCUUUAUUUUAAGUUGAUAUAUAGAAAUCAAUGUAUUAUAAAAUGCACACAUGUUAAGUGUUCAGAUUGAUGUUCCAGCGAUUAUAUACCUCUGUGAGAUAACCACCCAAAAGAAGAUAUAGUUACCAUUAACCCAGAAAGUUCCCUUGUGCAUCUUUCAAAUCACCCCUGCUCCCCUCCCUACUCCAAUGAUCAUUUGCCGAUUUUUCUCACUGAAGAUUUAUUUUGCCUGCUUUUGGACUUUAUAUAACUGAAUCAUAUAAUAUGUACUCUUAAAUCUGGCUUCUUUCAUUUAUAAUGCUUUAAAGACUCAUCCAUAUUGUUGUAAGUAUUGAUAAAUUAUUCUUUAUUGCUGAGUAAUAUUUCAUUCUAUAAAUGUACUACAAUUUGUUUAUCCAUUCUAUUGAUGGACUUUUAGGUUGUUUCAUUUGGGGCAAUUAUGAAUAAGGAUAUUAUAUAUAUAUUCUUAAGUUAUUUUUUUUGUUUUGUGGGUACAUGUUUUCAUUUCUCUUGGAUAAAUAGCUAAGAGUAGAAAAUUGCUGAGUCAUAUGAUAACUUUUUAAGAAACUGCCUUCCUGUUUUCUGAAGUGAUUUAUCAUUUUGUACUCUUAUCAGUGAUGUAUGGGAGUUUCAGUUACUUCCUCUUAUCAGUGUUUUUUAUAUUAGCCAUUUUAGUGGGUAUGAAAUAACUCUGUGAUUUUAGUUUACAUUUCAUUUCCCUGAUGAUUAGUGAUGUUGAGCACUUUUCAUAUGCUUGUUUUACAUUUGUAUAUAUUUCAUGAAAUGUCUUUCAUGUCUUUUCCCAUUUUAAAAUUGAAUUGUCUUUUUAUUGUGGUUAUUCUGUGAAUUCUGGAUACAAGUCCUUUGAUGGGUAUAUGUGCUGUGAUUUUUUUUGUAGACUAUGGUUUGUUCACUUUCUUACUGGGAUCUUUUGAUGAACUGAAAUUUUUAUUUUGAUAAAGUCCACCUUAUCAAGUUUUUCUUUUAUGAUUUUAUGACCCCCAAGCUCACAGAGAAUGUAUUUUCUUCUAGAAGUUUUAUGGUUUGGGGUUUUAUGGCUAUCUAUGAUCCAUCUCACUGGUUUUAGGUUUUAAAUCUAUGGUUUGGAGUUUUACAUUUAAGUAUAUGAUCCAUCUCCAAUUAAUUAUUUGUACAGAACGAGGUUUAUUUCAACACAGAUACCCAGUUGUUUCGGCAACAUUUGUUUAAAAAGAUUUUCCUUCACCCAUUAGAUUGACUUGGCAUCUUGGUUGAAAAUCAACUGACCAUAUGUAUGUGUAGUUAUUUCUAGACUCUCUAUUCUGUUUCCCACAGAAUACUUCAUUUCCCACAAUACUUCAUUAUUAUUUCUCUUCAUGUUUUCCAGCAGGUCUAGAGUUCCAUGUGUUAUAAAUUCCCUUUAAUCUGAAGAACUUUCUUUUUAACACUUGUUCUAUUGCAGUUUUUCUAAAGAUGAAUUCUCUCAGCUUUUAUCUGUCAGAGAAUAUCUUUAUUUUUCAGGGGUAUUUUAGUUGAAUAUUAAAUUCUAUGUUGACCUUUUAUUUCUUCUUUUAGUAUUUUAAAGUCAUUUAUUUGUCCUCAGGUCUCAUUUGUUUCUGGUAAGAAAUCAUCAUUUUUUUGUGUCUCCCUGUCCAUAAUGUGAUUCCCCCCCAUGGUUACAUCUGCUCUUUAUCUUUGGCUUUCAGCAGAUUGACUAUGAUAUGUCUAGGUAUGUUUUUAUUUGUAUGGAGGUUACUGAACCUCCUGUAUCUGUGUUGCUGUCUUUCAUUAAUAUUGGGUAUUUCUUGGCUAUUAUCUCUUCAGAUAUUUCUUCUGUUCCAUACUCUCCCACCUUGACUCUUCUUCUGAGACUCCAGUUACACCUAUAUUAGAUGAUUUGAUAUUAUCCUACGGAUCUCAGAUGAUUUUCCCUCAUUCUUUUCUCUUUUUGUUUUUAGUUUGAAUACUUUCCAUUUAGCUGUCGUCAAGUACCCUGAUGCUUUUCUCUUAAACCUAUCUGAUGAAAUCUUUCUGAUACUGUAUUUUUUAUUUCUAGCAUUUCAUUAUGUUUGUAUAGUUAUCAUGUUUCUGCUUAAAAUUUCCGUUUUUCAUGUAUGUUGUCCACAUUUUCCAGUAGAGUUUUUAAAGCAUUUUCAUCAUAGUUAUUUCAAAAACCCUAUCUAUUGAUUGUAAUAUUUUAGCCUCCACUAGAUUUUUAAGCAUUUUACUUUCAGCCAGAGUUAUUUUAAAGAUCCCACUGAUAAUUCAACAUCUGGGUCAUUUCUCAUUCUGCUUCUCUUGAACCUUUCCUCUGUUACCAUGGAUCUUAUUUUCUUGCUUUUGCACAUAUCUUGUAUAUUUGAUUGUAUGCUGGACGUUUUGUAUAAAAAACAAGAGAGACUGAAGUAAGUAUUACUUCAAAUUGGGGCAUGCCCAUUUUUCUUUCAGCCAUUUGAGUAAUGGCUCAGUCAAUCUGAUGUUUAUUUGACCUAGAUCUGGGCACUGUUGCAGCCUUAGUUUGAUUCAGUUCACCCUGACUUUGCUUUGUAGCUAAGGUGUCAGCUUUUGGAAAUGUGGGAGAUCUCUUCUAGUGGAAAAUGUGGACAGACCAGCCUAGCUGCCAGGUUUUCUUGGGCACUGGGAUAGGGGGGUAGAGAGAUAUUUCUCUCAGCUCUUGUGUGUGCCCUACCCUUAGUCUUUUCAGGAAGAAUGCCCACAAUGCCUGGGGGAUGGGUCUCUCAGCCCUCCUGCCUCUCACUCUCAGCCUUCAAGAGUAUCUGUGGUGGAUUUCUCAGCAUUCCUGCUUUGCCUCCUCAUUUUAAGGUUAUCUUGCACUUGGGAAAGUCUCCACUUAACCUCAAGGGAAGGAGUAAUCUGUGUCAACUUUUCUAUUAUACACACACCCUUCCCACUUUUGGUUACUACCUACCUGUACUUUUUAAGAUCCAAGAGGUAAGAUUGGUGGGUGGAUGCAGGUUUUCUCUGUGGAUUUGGGUCUUCUAGAUUCUAAUGUCAUGCCAGCCUCAAUGAGACUGACAUUUUUGUUAAAUUUCAACUGGCUUCUCUUUAUUCCCCUAUGGUGGAUUUCUCAGCAUGGUUCAGCCAGGAAUAUGAGCAGCCAUGUAUCUCUUCUCUCCUAUGAAGGACUUAGCAUUUUCUGGAGGUUAGUUCAUUUAGGGUUUCUUUAUGUCCUUAGCUUUCUGAUGAGUUAAAAAUAUUCUUGAUUUUCUAGAUAAUCUAGCCUUUGUUUGCUAGGGUGGGAGAUAUAUUCUCCUGUGGUUUUCUACAUCCAAAUGAGAAUGAAUUCUAGGAAUGGGAGUUUAAAAAAAAGUUUCAUUUACAUAUUUUAAAAAUAAUUUUUAAAAUUAUAUAUACAUGGAUAAUAAAAUGUUAAAUUUUAGAGUGGUAAACAAUGAAAAGAGAAUUACCUUCCCAUUAUAGGUUCCCAAGUCCUCUCUACUCCCUCUACAGACAAACAUCAUUAUCAGUUUCUUGAUUGUUUUGCAAAAUUCUGUAUACAAAAAGUGUGCAUAUUUCCCCUCUUAUUUUUUUUAGUACAAAUAGAACCAUACUAUAUCUUCUAUACCUUGUUUUUCUUAUUUAACUAUUUCACCAUCUUGAAGUCCUUUACAGACUGCAUAAUAUGACUUCAUAUGGAUGUACUGUGGUUUAUUUGAACAGUCCCUGGUGAUGGACAUUUGGGUUGUUACUAUUUUUUGUUUGUUUGUUUUUCUCACAAACAUUGCAGUAUAUAUGCCUUUGCCCACAUUUGUGGUUGAGUAUCUGUAGUAUCAGGAAUGGGCAUAUUUAAAAUGCCUCAUGAAGGCCCCUGGAGCUUCAUAUUAAUUCAGUGUUUCUCAAGGUGUUGGCUGGGCUCUCAGCAGUUGGUGGUAUGGGUUUGGGGAAGACUGGAUACCGCAAAAGACUCAUGAGGUGCUGGAGAGUUGCCUGGCAGGUGGUGUCAGAACAAAGCUGGCUAUAGACCCUACCAGAGUAGGAGUGACAUAUUAAAGUAUUUAAAAUGUAGAAACUCAACUGUAAUUCCUUCUUUAUACAUACAUUGGGGAUGUUAAAAAGUUACUGAUGUCAGAUUGCUCUCUUGCCUCCUCAGCCCCUACCAUGGGGUAAAAAAGAUAAAUGCCGUUUUGUUUGGAAUGUCUUACCCAGCUAUAUGACUUGAAUGAUCCUGAUAAACAAGAUUAUAUCCAAGGAGUUUUUCUAAGGGAAAUGAAGACUUAUAUGUUAAACAAGAAACAUUAUCUAUGUGAUUCUGGGAUCUUCCUGUGAAGAUGUUAUGUUUUUUGAGAUGUUUUUCUAAUUACCUAUCUAAUUAGCACAUUAAGUUUGGUUGUUGACAUUUGAGAAACCAACGUGCUUUCUCAUGAAAAAGGCCCUUGCACAGAAAGUGCUCUUUUUUGUAAGAUCUGGGGUCAAAGGAGAGAUUUUUAAGCAUAUAAUAAUGGCUUCUACUUAUUUAAUAACAUAGUCACAAAAAAUGUCAUUUACUUCUCACAGGACACCUUUCAGGGAGAUUUUAUAUAUUAGGAAGUAUGCUCAUGAGCUUUCUACCAACAUCAUCUUCCCUAAGGCUCCCCAUCUCAGUAACUGACUAUACUAUUCACUCAGUUGCUUUUAAAGUUAGAAACGUCGUAAUCUUUCUGUGACAUCUAUAUCCCUUUCCUUCAUUCUCCCAUAUCCAAUUCUACACCUUAGGAAAUUUGUUUCACCUCCUAAAAUUCUUGAGAAUCCAUUCACUUUUUCUCCUUUUCCCAUCACUCUAGUCCAAGUGAACUGUUUUAUCAUUUCAUUUGCAGUAUCCUUUUAGUCACCCCUAGAUUAUCAGUUCUUAUCCCCUCUCAAUUCAUUCUCCACUCAUUAGCUAACAUGAACACAUUAAUUCAUUUAACAUGGAUUCAAUGUUAAUUUUGACUAUGUCACUCCUUGCUCAAAACUCUCUAGUGCCUUCCCAAUGUCCUUAGAAUAAAAUCCCUUGCAUGGCCUCUGUGGAUCUGCACCACUAGUCUCUCCUACCUCUCCACCUAUUGCAACCAACUCUUUUCCCCUUCCUCUUUCCAGCCAUGCUGGUCUUUCUGUGCUGCAAACUGGCCAAGCUUCUUCCAUCCUCAGGGCCUUUGCACAAGCUUUCCCUUUGCCUUAGAAUUUUUCCCCAGCCUGCCCACUUCCUCAUCCCCCUUCCCCAAGCUAAUGCCUUAUCCUUUAGGUCUCAUUUUAAACAUAUCUUACCCAGGGAAACUUCCCUGUCCAAACAAGUCUAGAUUGGAUCUCCCUGUUAUUUGCUUUUACUACUCUGUAUUUUUCCUCAGCAUUUAUCACAAUUCUAAUUAUAUAGUUAUGUUGUUCUUUUAUUUUUCUGUUAUUGGAAUAGGUAAUACAUCCAUUUCAUACAAAAUUCAAAUUGUAACAGGGUAUAGAGUCUCUUCCCUUCCCCAUCCCUCUGCUACCCAGUCUUCUUCCUUACAAGUAACUACUUUCAGCAUUUUGAAUAUACUUUCAGAGAUUUUGAGUAUAUAAGCAAUUAUGUACAUAAUUUUCAUCUUUAUUUUUGCCUUUUAUUAACACAGAUCCUGUGUACAUUUUUCUGCACUUUGUUUUUAUCUGUUAAUAUAUCUUGGCAAUUCUAUAUCGCUAUGUAAAUGGUUUCUUUUUCAUGUACCAUACAGUAUGGGCUCAUCAUUAUUUCUUUAACCUUAAUUAUUGGGCAUUUAGGUUGUUUUCAGGUUUUGGUUAUUACGAACAAUGCUGCAUUGAAUAACUUUGUAUUUAAAGUCAUUUUCCACAUUUAUACCUAUAGAAUAUAUUCCUAGAAUUAAAAUAAAGAAGUUAAAGGUUAUGUGCAUUUUAAAUUUGGGUAGUAAUUUCCAAACUGCUGUCAAUGGAGGUUGUACCAAUUCACAUUCCCUCUAGCCACAGAUGAAGAAUGCAUGUUUACUCACAACUCAAUGAAAAUUUUUGUUCUCUGACAAUGUAAGAGGUGGAAAAUAUCUCUUGGAAACUUUAAUUUGCAUGUUUUCUCUUCCUUGCAAAGUUAUAUUUUCGUAUGUUCAAGAGGCAUUUGUAUUUCUUCUUUAGUGAACUGUUUCUUCAUAAACUUUGCUUACGUUAUUUAAUGUGUGACUUCCUCGCUACACUCGAAGGUCAGGGAUCCCGCGUAUUUCGCUCAUCGGAUAGCUCCUGGUACUGGAAUGAAUGAAGCUCAAAGAAAUGACUGGCUAACGUCAUGCCGUAGUCACAUACGUAACUCAUGUUUGACUCGAAAGCCCACGUAUUUCCACGAUCACCCAGUGGAAAGACUUGAGCAUUUAAUGCACCACAGCAGGGGCUAGAAAGGUAAUGUAAAACGGCUGAAGUGUGCUGGGAAGAGAGGACUCUGGCAAAAAGGCCAACAAAUGCUUAACUACAGUAGCAGCUGUUUUCAGAUCUAUUUUACCGCCAAGCAGGAAUGCAGGCCCAUUGUCGGAUCUUUAUUUACUCCGAGGCCGGAUUUCUGGCUUUCUUGCUAGAUCUCCUGGUUUUUAAGUACUUCCAGUCAAGACAAGACUGCCUUCAAAUGCAGCCUACCGGCAGCGGAUUUGCAAACUCUGGCGUAAACAAAAGUGGGAGGCUGAUGAGGUGGGUAAUACCUUAGUUGGACAAAGACAGCCGAGAAACAAAGAAUUUUUAUGUAAGGCGAGAAUGAGGUUCUCCGCCGUAGGGUUUGGGGUUGGGGGCCGGGACUCCCGGAAAGACGCUGGAAAUAAAUGCUGGGUGGCAUCAAAGCAGAGCAGGGCCAGGCGGCGGGAGGGCGCGCUGCCGUCCCAGUUGUGGCUGGCCACUCCACCCAGCGCUGUUGGGGGUUUCUCAAGCAGCGUCCACACAAUGGUGGACGGUAGGGGCUGGCCGGGAUGAAGGGGACGACUGGCUGCGCAUUCCCUCACCGGCUCCUUUAGAGCCAAGUGGACCGCAGGAAAGCACCCAACCCUUUCUCCGCUUCCAGAAGACCCUCCGCCUCCCAAGGAAAGCUUCCCGCUCGGCGAUCUACUUCUUUCCUUACUCAGGCCCCUCCCCGCUUCCCCAAUCCUACGACUUCCGCUUGCCUGGUCUUUUGGGAAACUGCCGACUUCCGGCCUCGCAGCGGUGGGCGGAGCUAAGAUGGCUGAGCAGAGACUCGUGACGAGAACUCAGUUUCCUGCAUCUGCUGAAUCUCUAAAACCCCGGCUGAAAAAAGCUCCAGAGUUUCCUAUUUUGGAGAAGCAGAACUGGUUGAUACAUCUCCACUAUAUCCGGAAGGAUUAUGAAGCAUGCAAGGAUGUUAUCAAAGAACAGCUUCAGGAGACUCAGGGGUUAUGUGAAUAUGCUAUCUAUGUCCAAGCAUUGAUAUUUCGCCUGGAAGGAAAUAUCCAAGAAUCCCUAGAACUCUUUCAGACGUGUGCCGUUCUCAGCCCUCAGUCUGCUGAUAACCUCAAGCAGGUGGCCAGAUCUUUAUUUCUUUUGGGAAAACAUAAAGCUGCCACUGAAGUAUAUAAUGAAGCAGCUAAACUUAACCAGAAAGAUUGGGAGAUCUGUCAUAACCUAGGAGUUUGCUACAUUUACCUGAAACAGUUGGACAAGGCACAAGACCAGUUGCACAAUGCCCUACAUCUUAACAGGCAUGAUCUGACUUACAUAAUGCUGGGCAAGAUCCACUUGCUGGAGGGAGACUUGGACAAGGCCAUCGAAAUCUAUAAGAAAGCAGUGGAGUUCUCACCAGAAAAUACGGAACUUCUCACAACUUUAGGAUUACUCUACCUCCAGCUCGGCAUUUACCAGAAGGCAUUUGAACAUCUUGGAAAUGCACUGACUUAUGACCCCACCAACUACAAGGCCAUCUUGGCAGCAGGCAGCAUGAUGCAGACCCAUGGGGACUUUGAUGUUGCCCUCACCAAAUACAGAGUUGUAGCUUGUGCUGUUCCAGAAAGUCCUCCACUCUGGAAUAACAUUGGAAUGUGUUUUUUUGGCAAGAAGAAAUACGUGGCAGCUAUCAGCUGCCUGAAACGAGCCAACUACUUGGCACCCUUCGAUUGGAAGAUUCUGUAUAAUUUGGGCCUUGUCCACUUGACUAUGCAGCAGUAUGCAUCAGCCUUCCAUUUUCUCAGUGCAGCCAUCAACUUCCAGCCAAAGAUGGGGGAGCUCUACAUGCUCUUGGCUGUGGCUCUGACCAAUCUGGAAGAUACAGAGAACGCCAGGAGAGCCUACACAGAAGCAGUCCGCCUGGAUAAGUGUAACCCUUUGGUAAACCUGAACUACGCUGUGCUGCUGUACAACCAGGGAGAGGAGAGGGGCGCCCUGGCCCAGUACCAGGAGAUGGAGAAGAAAGUCAACCUACUCAAGGAUAGUAGCUCUCUGGAAUUUGACCCGGAGAUGGUGGAGAUGGCCCAGAAGUUGGGAGCUGCUCUCCAGGUUGGGGAGGCACUGGUCUGGACUAAACCAGUUAAAGAUCCCAAAUCAAAGCAGCGGACCACUUCAACCAGUAAAGCCGCCAGUUUCCAGCAGCCUCUGGGUUCUAAUCAAGCUCUAGGACAGGCAAUGUCUUCAGCAGCCGCAUAUAGGAAGCUCCCCUCAGGUGCCGGAGGAACAUCCCAGCUCACAAGGCCACCAUCUCUUCCUCUGGAGCCAGAGCCCACUGUGGAAGCACAACCAACUGAAGCAUCAGCACAAAUAAGAGAAAAAUAGGUGUAGGAUGAGCCGAGAGUUGGGGUUUCUUUGGCGAGGAUGUUUCAGAUUAGGAAAGGUCCCAUGACACAGGCAGCGUGGAGGCCAGCACGUUCCCUGGGCAUCAUGAACUAGAAUGCAGAACGUGUUAUGAUGAUCGCGAGGAGCCUGAGGCCUACGCAGUCCCCUGCUGCCCCAUCAGCCAGGAAAGAGAGAGAAGAUGGCCCAGACAGGUUCCCUAAGAACUGAGAGCAGGGCUUCGGCUCUAUGUAUGUAGUUCCAAGAGCCAGCAGGGCAUGUGAUGCUAUCUAUCUGCGUUGGAAAGGACUUUAUCUCCUGGCUGGCUGACCCGUUCCUUUGUGGAAGGAAAGUCUGAGACAGACCUCUGCGCAGUAGUCCUGUCAUAACAAAGCCAUCUUAGCUGAGCUGAUUCUUGGGUUGGGUGGUAUAUCAGCCACUGAAGCAAACACAAAUCUUUGAUUAAUAAUCCAGCUCUAACAGUCGAAAUUUAAAAGAAAAAAUAAUGAUGAAACAAGCUCUUUAAAUUGAGGCCCAGCCUACUGAGUAUCCCAGCUGCACUUGCCCAAGAGCAUCCAGACCAGGUCCUUUAUCUUGUUCUUGAGAGGUCGGAGUGUAGAGCCAGAGCACGUCAGUCUUAAAAGAAGUAGAGAUAACGGGCUGGUCUGGUAUCAGCACCAAGGA